AUGUGCCUGAGUGCAACUUUCUACGUCGCUGUAUCAUGCAUAAUUGUGCAGUUUAUUGCAUUGUUUAACCAAAGGUUAUGUGAAGCAGCUCGAGCCAUAGGGAACCCUAGCGCGGUUAUCACAGUCUCAUCUGCGCGAACGUCAAAAAACAAUCCAUUACACUCGCAUGAAAAUGUGACCCUUUGGUGUCAAGCAGAAGAACAAGGAUCAGUUUUGCCAAUCAAAUCAGCGGUCUUUUCGCGGAAAAGAGACGGUUUAGUUUUGAAAGCCGAGAUAAGUAGCGAUCGUAAACGAGCUUACUAUCAUUUUGGAUUGGCACAUGUUGCUGAUUCUGGCAAUUAUACAUGCAAGUUAACUACUAUUAAUGGAUUAAAAGUUAACGGAAAUCACCAAAUUUUUGUUCGUCCAGUGGUACUAGUAGAUUCAGGACACUUUGAAGCUCAAAACAAUGACCCCUUCAAGUUUUUCGGCCAUGGAGUCACGGCCGUUCGAGGAUCUUCUGUAGAGAUCAACUGUCCAGUAAUCGCUUUUCCAGCUGCUCGAUUUUCGUGGACAAAAAAUGGAAAAGAAUUUAGCGCAAAAGACCCUCGCGUGAAUAUACAAAUUGAUGGAAAAAUAAGUAUUGAAAAAGUAAACGAUGGUGAUAAAGGUAUUUACGAAUGCACAGCCACAAACGAAUUUGUCGUGAGUGGGCACACAGAAGCUCAUCAAGUGAUGCUGAGCAGAAUGCUACGAGUUAAAAGCGAAUUAGCAUGGCUAUGGCCGUUACUUGUUAUCAUCGCCAUUAUCACUUUACUUCUGCUGAUUAUUAUAUCAUGUGAAUGCAAAAAGAAAAGGAAUGAACAGAAAUUGUUAGUUGAAUAA